CCGCCACCAAAGAAUUCACGAGUCAACAGCACUAAUUACAUAAAUUUGCUUUUACUUGCUCACGGUUUGUUAUCACGAUACUGCCGUAAUGACGGUAUCAGCUAAUAUGGCGCUAAAAUUUGAUGAUUUCCAUUUUGUUCCAUGACCGGGCCCGGCCCCUGAUAACGCGGGCUCCACAUUGAUUGCUUUUCCCUGAGACGCUUCUUAAGUCGCGUCGAAGCUUUUUAGCUUUUAAACCUUUUCUCCCUCCCCUUCUUUUCGUCCUUCUAGAUUUCUUCAACCGAUAUCACGAAACUACCAUCACAAUGUCUUCAGCUUUUGUUCAGCGCCCUGCUCCCGACUUCUCGGCUACUACCCUCUUCCCUGGAGGUGAGUUCAGAGACAUCAAGCUCUCUGACUUCAAGGGACAAUGGGUUGUUCUUCUCUUCUACCCCAUGGACUUCACCUUCGUCUGCCCUACCGAGAUCAUCCAGUACAACAACGCCCUCGACCGCUUCCGCGAGAUCAACACCACCGUUCUCGGCGUGUCCACCGACUCCCACUUCACCCAUCUCGCGUGGGUUGAGAAGCCCCGCAAGCAGGGCGGUUUGGGCCCCGACCUGGAGCUCCCCCUCAUCGCCGACAAGUCCACCAAGAUCUCGCGCAGCUACGGCGUCCUCAUCGAGGACGAGGGCAUCGCGCUCCGCGGCCUCUUCAUCAUCGACCCCAAGGGUGUUCUCCGCCAGAUCACCGUCAACGACCUCCCCGUCGGCCGCGACGUCGAGGAGACGAUCCGCCUGGUCAAGGCCUUCCAGUUCACCGACGAGUACGGCGAGGUGUGCCCUGCCGGAUGGCAGGAGGGUGGAAAGACCAUGAAGGCUGAUCCCAAGGGAAGCCUGGAGUACUUUGAGGAGCAGGGAGAGAAUGGUGAGUCCCGGAAGCGACCCAGGACUGAAUAAAAGACCUGGGCACACCAUUCGUGGACAGUGCAAAAACAAUGAACAUUUGUUUGACUAAGAUUUGUAAUGUUACAGGAGCUAAGGCAUAGAUGCUAGAUUCCAAUGAGACUCGAAUUCCAAUCAACACCCGCCAGUAAAGAAACAGAAGAAGAAGAGAAAACAAGACCGCGCUGCUACCGGUAGCAAUAUGACGAACGAUCCAACGCGAUAAUAACGAAUACGAUCCUUAUGUUUAUGGAGGGCGAUGCACGAGUGCGACCGGUCGUCUUUGACGAGAUACGAUUAGAAAGUAGACUUAGACCUAGACUAUAGACAUUCCUUGAACAAUGUAUAUUGAUGGACAAUUCUUCUCAACGAUUUGACCGUGAAUUAAGGUCUUGCACGGCAUUUACAAUUGCACCGUUAGGGAAUCGUGUUCCCACUGUGAGUGCCUGAAACGCGUCGUACACAACAAACUUAAAACCAUCACCCUGGUUACCGCAUUUCCGUCGCAAUAUCCGGACAUGCUCGACAACAACAGAAAAUAGCUUCAAUGCCGAGUUAAACGUCAUAUACCGACCUGUGAUGGUUUAGAAUGGGUUGAGAUAUACCACAAGCUUCGUCUGAAGUUGAACCCUGGUGGCGAUUAAGCACUUCCGAUUGUCAAUGGGACAGGUAGUCAUACAUUUCAUCUUUUGAUAUAGCAUCUGAAUCAAGGUCUACCCAAUCAGGAGAAAAUCGAACAACACCUACCGAAAAGUGAUGGUAUACCCCGUGAAUGC